AUGUUAGCACUACCCGCCUCGGAGAAGAUGGCAGACCUGCCGCAUGUAAUCGAAGUUGACUCUGUUUCUGAACUUCAACGCUUUCUCUCUAGUCUUAGGGAGAUUGACAUGGAUCCAGUUCCCCUGUUUGUCGAAUUCAAGGGGAGAGACAUCAGCUGUAACGGAUCCUUGUCCAUUAUUUCUAUUUUCGUUCGACCAGAGAACGUAAUUUAUCUUAUUAACGUCCAUGCCCUCGGCAAGAAUAACACUUUCUCCACCGAAGACUCAACUGGAGCAACACUCGCGGAAAUCCUUGAAUGCCCGGUUCUGCGCAAGGCCGUCUUUGAUGUUCGUGGACCCUCAAAUUUGUUGUUUCAUCAACACAAUAUCCACCUCGAUGGAAUAGUAGAUAUCCAGCUCAUGGAGCUCGCAACUAGAAAUGGCUCAAAGAAAUUCCUUAGGGGGCUGGCAACAUGCGUACGCAACGAUAGCCCCCUAAGCGCCGUGGAGAAAUCGCGUUGGAAAGGGUACGACCAGGAUAGAAGAGAAAUAUUUUUUCCUGAAAUGACUGACGACUCGAGUUUUGCUAAAUUGUGGACGAAGAACUGUCCAUUAACCCAAAUCGAAGACCACUGUGCCUAUUCUAUGGCAGCAUUGUCCGGCCUUUACGACGUUUAUGAUGCGAGACUCAGGCAAGGUGCAACCAAUUUCCGAAAAACCGAAAUUCUUUCUGAAACCAAAGCCCGGAUUAACAGCACCAAGCAGGAAGGAUUCGACGUGUAUGAUAGGAAAAACGCGUAUGGGCCCUGGGAUGAGGAAGAACUGAAAAUGAAAAUGGAGCGGCGGGACAGUUGUCCACGAGGGAUUACAAGAUCGGACAGGGAGUAA